AUGGCUCUCCCUCCCAAGGUCCACCAGUUCCUCAUCAGCGUCUUCGCGUCGCUGGGGUCGCUCCUCUAUGGCUACGACCUCGGUGUCAUUGCCGAGGCCAUUGCCUCGGAAAACUUCAAGUCCAAGUUUGGCGACAACCCAGAUGAGCGCGGCGCGGUCGUGUCCGUCUUCACGGGGGGUGCCUUCUUCGGCGCCCUGUUUGCCGGCCCCAUCGGUGACAGGUUUGGCCGCAAAUUGACGAUUCUCAUCGGGUCCAUCAUCUUUUGCCUUGGCGGCGCCCUGCAGACGGCGGCCAUGAACAUCAACUACCUCUACUCGGGGCGCUGUCUCGCCGGUGUCGGCAUCGGCUUCCUCGUCAUGAUUGUGCCCCUAUACCAAGCUGAGCUGUGCCACCCCAGCAUUCGUGGCCGGGUCACGUCACUGCAGCAGUUUAUGCUUGGCGUGGGUGCGUUGGCUGCGGCCUGGAUCUCGUAUGGGGCAUACAUUGGCUUCGACGCCGACGACUCGCGGCAAUGGCGCGUCUCGCUGGGCAUCCAAAUCAUACCAGGUGUCAUCCUCGGGCUUCUCAUCCUCCUCUUCCCCGAAUCCCCGCGAUGGCUCAUCGACCACGGGCGCGCCGACGAGGGCCUCCUCACGCUAGCCAAGCUGCACGCGCACGGCGACACCAACGACGUGUGGGUUCGGGCCGAGUUCGACCAGAUCCAGGAGAGCAUCACCUUUGAGCACGACAACGCGGCCAAGAGCUACAGCGAGCUGUUCCGCGACCGCAGCUGCUUCCGGCGGCUGCUUCUGGCGUGCGCGCUGCAGGCCUCGGUGCAGAUGACGGGCGUCAGCGCCAUCCAGUACUACUCAGUCGAGAUCUACGCCAAGAUUGGCAUCGCCGGCGACGAGACGCUGCGCUACCAGGCCAUCUCGUCGGUGAUUGCCCUCGUCGCGCAGUUUCUGUGCAUGAUGCUCAUCGACCACACGGGCCGUCGCUGGCCCCUGAUCCUCGGCAACCUCGGCAACAUGGUCACUUUCAUCAUCGCGACGGUGCUGCUGGCCAAGUUCCCGCCGGGUUCUGCCGAGGGCAGCGGAGGCGCGGCCUGGGGGUUCAUCGCCAUGACGUGGCUGUACAACUUUUCGUUCAGCGCGACGUGCGGCCCGCUGUCGUGGAUCAUCCCGGCCGAGAUCUUCGACACCAAGACGCGCUCCAAGGGCGUGUCCAUUGCGACCAUGGUGUCGUUUGCGUUUAACACCAUGAUUGGGCAGACGACGUCGGUGGCCCUGGACGACAAGACGGGCAUCGGGUGGCGGUGGUACAUUGUCUUUAUUGUGUGCAACUUUACCAAUGCCGUCUUUUUCUGGGCGUUUCUGCCCGAGACGGCGAAGCGGCCGCUCGAGGAGAUGCGUCACCUGUUUACGGAGGCGCCGCUCUUUGUGCCGACCAUGGACUCGUCUCGGUUCGCUGCCGGCGAGGACCUGGAGCGCAGGGUCGAGGAGGUCGAGCAGAAGCAACUGUAG